GUCCCAAAAACAGUGGCUCCGAGUCUGAACCAGCCUCGCACAACAUUCGGAUCCAGAGACUUCGACCGUGGUCGCACAGCCUCUUCGCACGACCUUCCUGCAGAUUAUUCGUCAGCAUCAGCCCUUUACACUUUGGCAAUGCGUAUCUCAAUCCUCGCCUUUGUGCUCACUUCAGUCGGACUGGUCGCGUCCGAAUGCUGCGACCAGGAGAAACCAGAUAACGUAGGGCAAUGCUUGGACGGCACAUACGCCGACUAUCUGGGGUGCUGUGCCUACGGCCCAUGCAACAUCUUCUGCUGUAACUGCGACGGGGGUUGCAGACAAGCUCCCUCUCGAAGAUCGGCCAGAGACCUUGCCCCGUGGAUCGGCGUCGCCCAGCGCGCCGACUCGACCUGCGGCCUUUUCCAGACCGAGAAUCAGUGCGCGCUAGACAAAUUUGAAGCACUCGACACGAACCAGGACAGUAUCUUGACUCUGGGAGAAGUCAUCGACGGGGUCAACGUGUUGAGGCCUUUACUAGGGCUGAAUGGCAUUGACAACGCAACUCUCUCAAAGGACGUAACGGCACUAUUCAACCUUUUUGACACCAACCACGACGGCAACCUCACAUUAGCCGAGGCUUUGACACCCCAGAAUAUGUAAUCUGGAUAGGCGUAUAUGGAGCAUAUGACCUUUGGGCCCUUAGCUUUACAAGACUAGUUCUGAAGCAUGACUAUCCUCGAGAUGGAACUGUGCUGGGAGGGAGUUGUACGGGUGGGAUGGGCCUGUGUGUUUCUGCUCUUCUUCUCUUCUUCUUGCUUUUCCUUCCUUCAAACGUGGUCAAGCCUAAUAAUUAAUUGCCAAGAUUAUUGCUGCUAGCAAAUCAAAUCAUAUACACUCUCAUACAAGCAUCUUGAUGAUCACAAUUCC